GGCGCGCCGGGGCAACCCGCAUUGCCGGACCGCGCGUCUUGAGACACGCGUCUCUUCUCCGCCUUCGUUCGCCCGACGACCUCCACGCAGCCCAUGGACGUGUUCGCCGCUCUGGUCGCCGCGGCGGCGGCCCUGCUGGCCUGCGCCUACCUCGCCGCCGGUCUCGCGCGCAGGGCGAAGCUGCGCCGGCUCAUAGACAAGCUGCCAGGGCCCCGCGCGCUGCCUUUGGUCGGCACCACCCACCACAUCCUCGGCACGCCCAGGAACAAACUAUUGAACAAAAUAAAAGAAUUAGGCCAACAAUAUGGGCCUAUUUUCCGUAUGUGGUUGGGGUCUAGCCCGGAAGUCAUUUUAACAAAAUCAACACACUUUGAGGAAAUCAUAAAUAGUACAAAACACGUGGAGAAGUCAGAUUUCUACAAGUUUCUGCAUCCAUGGCUGGGAACCGGCUUGGUUACAAGCUCAGGCCAGAAAUGGCACUCCCACAGGAAGAUGAUCACCCCGGCCUUCCACCUGAGCAUCCUGGACAGCUUCAUAGAGGUGUUCGCCGACAACUGCGCCAUCUUGGUCGACAAGCUGGCGCGCAGAGCAGGCGGCAGUGGCUUCGACAUCUUCCCCUACAUCACCCGCUGCACCCUGGACAUCAUCUGCGAAACAGCAAUGGGCGUUCCCAUUUUCGCCCAAGAAGAUACAGAUUCUGAAUACGGCAGGAUGGUGAACGAUGUCAUUGAGCUAACUGUCUACAGAAGAGAUCGGUUAUGGCUGCAUCCUGACUUCAUAUUUUACAACACGCCGGCUGGCCGAAGAUACAAGAAGUCUCUUGGCAUAACCAAAGGAUUUACGAAAAAGGUGAUCCAGGAACGUAAGGACGCGCUGUCCGGAGCAGUUAAGCCCAGCCACGAGUCUUCGGACGAGGACCGUUCGUUCGGUUUAAGAAAGAAGAAGGCGUUCCUGGAUCUUCUGCUGGAAGUUUCCGGGAAGGAAGGAAAACUGUCAGACGAAGAGAUCAGAGAAGAAGUGGACACAUUUAUGUUUGCGGGUCACGACACAACUGCCACCAGCACGGCAUGGGUUCUCUUCAUGCUGGGACAUCAUCCUGAGAUCCAGGAAAAGGUUUACGCAGAACAGGCAGAAAUAUUCCAGGAUUCCAAGAGGUCUCCAACUAUGAAAGAUCUUCACGAGAUGAAGUACUUCGACAGAGUUAUUAAGGAGACCCUCAGAGUGUAUCCCACAGUUCCGUUCAUUCAGAGGAUUCUGGGCGAAGACGUACGCAUAGAUGGUUACGACAUACCUCGUGGAACCUCCGUCACCAUGUCCAUAUUCUUAACCAAUCUGGACCCGGAGAGCUUCCCGAACCCGGAGCAGUACGACCCGGAUAACUUCCUGCCGGAGCGGGUGCUGGGCCGACACCACUUCGCCUUCAUUCCCUUCAGCGCCGGGCCCAGGAACUGCAUAGGUCAAAAGUUCGCCCAGCUGGAGGAGAAGACCUUGCUGUCGUACAUCCUGAGGAACUUCAAAGUCCUCUCCUUGGACAGCAGAGAAGACGUACACCCCAUACCAGAAAUCGUCCUCAGGCCUGAACACGGCAUUAAAGUGUGUCUUACUUCAAGAACGUGACAAGUGCCGCAAUAAUAUUUUUUUUUUUACUUAUGUGUGACUGCUUUUUUGUUAUACAUAAAUACGCUAAUCAGGGGCGUAGCCAGGAUUUAUUUUCGGGGGCCCUCCCCCGGAAAUUUUUUUGUUUUAAUGUGAAAUUUGGUGCUAUUUAAGCACUUUCGUAAUUAAAAUAUUGGAUUUAAAUAACAUAAAUUUGUGUCCCGACUUUAUGAUAUUUUUAACGAGACACUUUUGAAAACUCAUUGCUGAAUAUUAAGGGUUAUCGGCUUAAGGGUUCUUUCUUAGUUUCAUCUAAGUGCAUUUGCAACAGCUAGACAAGUGUAAAUUUUGUCAUAAGUGCUUAUAUAUAUAUUUUUAAUAUUUCGGGGGGUGUUUGGACACCCAAAACACCCCCCCUGGCUACGACCCUGCGCUAAUUAACAAUUUUUAUUCACAUUUUACUUUUUUUUUUUAAAUCAAAGAUAUUUGUGGUUCUCAUAGAACUAAGCGGCAGUAAAUAAAAAAAAGUAGACAAUAAAUAACCAAAUAAACAGUUUUAUAUGAACAUUAAUAAUUUUUAAAUAUAUUUAUACGCUAGUAAACAUAGAAAAUAUGUAGUAGGUUACGAGAGUUUUUGAUUUACAAUCAUCGUUUUGAAAAUAUUUAACUGUGAUAAAAAUGUAAAGCUUAUUUAAUAAAUUUUUUAUUAUAUAAAA